AUGUCUUGUCUUGCGAUCGAGAUAAUGUCUCCAAAGCAGACCUGGAAGGGCCGCAGCGGCAAGAUCAAGCGCGGCAAGCCCACCGGCCCCCGCGAGGUCAUUGAGAAGUACAAAGCUGUUCGACCUGGCUUCCUCGAGUGGCACAACCACAAGCAGCACUGGGUCUACGACCUCGCGCUCGGCUCCGGCUUUUCUUGCAAAUGUUGUCGAGCAGGUGCCAAGAGGAAGCAUUAUAGAAACAUGCAGGAGCUCAGGUCGAUGGCCCUGGCUGAUGCGGAGGACUAUCUUCUCGAGCGCGCUGAGCAGGAGGCUUGCCGUGAACCUACCCGAGUGGUGCAGCAAGAGCAGCAAGAGAAUCAAGAUGUCGUACAAGACCAGGCUGGGGACCAGACUGGGGCUGUUGAUGUUCAGACGGUGGACCCUGCUCUUGCCCGGGCCUGGGCUCGUUCUUUGCGGGCUUCGCCAUCGACCUAUCAACUUACUCGGGAGUGA